AUGAUUAUUAUUAUUAUUACAUUAAUUAUUAAUUGUGUAAACACUAAAGAAUGUGGACCAACGGGGUUUUCAAGUGAAUUAAAUUGUGUUGAUUGUUAUGAAGACAAAUAUCUUGAGAAUGGAGAUUGUGUUGAAUUAUUAAGUUCAAUAUGUAAUAAAGCAAUAAAUGGAACAUGUGUUGAAUGCACAUCAGGUUAUUGUGAUGUAUUUGGUGAAUGCCGGAGAUGUCAUGGAUCAUAUUUUUUUAAUUCUAUUAAAUAUGAAAAUCAUUAUUUUUCAUUAUCAAGUUCACAUUGUACCUCAGAGUUUUUCGCUGAAUGUAAAAGAUGUGAAGAAGGAUAUUAUUUAUAUUCAAAUAUUUGUGUUUCUCCUUUUCAUCUUAUAGAUAAAUGUAUGGAUUCAAGAAAAGAAGGAAAUGAUUAUAUAUGUUCUGUAUGUGAAGAGAAUUAUUAUUCAUUAGGAAAUAGUUGUGAAUUAUGUACUUCAUUAGAAGGAUGUAUUAGUUGUGAGAAUGUAGUACCAAGUAUGUUAUCUAGUUACAAGUAUUGUUAUUCUUGUAAAUCAGGGUAUUACUUAUUUGAUGGUCAGUGUAUUAGAAUUCCUUAUUGUCAAGAAAAUAAUAAUGAUAUUUGUAUUCAAUGUGAACCAAAUUAUUUGUUAAUAAAUGGAAGUUGCUUUUUUUAUUCUGAUUUUCAUUGUUCUUCUGUUAUUUCAAAUAUUUGUGAAGAAUGUGAAGAUUAUUAUUUUCUUAAUUCUAAUUCUUUAUGUUCUUCAUGUAGUUCUAAUUGUAUUAAUUGUAUUGAUUCAUUACAAUGUAAAAUUUGUGAAGAAGGAUUAACUUUAUAUGAAGGAAAAUGUAUUGAAUGUAAUAUAAAUGGAUGUGAAAGUUGUUCAGUAGAUAGUUAUAAUUGUUUACAAUGUAAAAAAGGAUAUUAUUUAGAUGAUAGAAGUUGUAAAUCAUGUAAUAUAUUUGGCAACUGUACCGAAUGUACAAUAUCUGGAUGUAUUCAAUGUGAUUUAAAUAAUAUAUUAAAUGAAAUUAACUGUGUUGAAUGUAAUUCAAUUAUUUCUAAUUGCACUUCAUGUUAUCAAAAUGGUACAUGUUCUAAUUGUAUUUCACCAACAACAAUUCUUAAUGAAAAUGAAUGUGUUCAAUGUUCUGAAGUAUUUGAUAACUGUAUAGAAUGUUCAUUAUCUGGUUGUACAACAUGUAAAAAAGGAAAUUAUUUAAAUUCUACUUGUUAUCCAUGUGAGGAUAUUACAGGUUGUUCUACUUGUUCUCAAACAGAAAGUAAAUGUUUUUCAUGUAUUGAAGGUUAUAAACAUGAUCCUUUAACGUAUUCAUGUAAAGACUGUCAAACUCUACAUCAAUGGUGUUUAGCUUGUAAUUCUGAAAUGGAAUGUAUUGAUUGUGAAAAAGAAUAUAUUCUAAUAGAUGGAAGGUGUAUUCCUUGUAUUAAAGAUUCAACACAAGAAUGUAUUAAAGGGCCUUCUAAUUGUGAUGUUUUUGUUAAUAAUUCUUUUUGUAUUGACUGUGAUAAUGGUUAUGUUCUUAGAUCUGGAUAUUGUUAUAAAUACUUAAAUAAUAUAAAUUGUAUUUCAAUUAAUUCUAAUUUAAAUAUUGGUUGUGAAGGAUGUAAAAAUUCUCUUACACUUGAUGGACAAUGUUCUUCUAAUGAAAAAACAAAUAAUUGUUCAUUUUAUAUUAAAAAAUCUUCUUCUGAACAAGAAUGUAUUCCAUAUUAUUCAUCUUCUAUUCAAUUAGAUAAUUGUUUAAUUGUAAAACAAGGAAGAUGUGUUCAAUGCAAAUAUAAUUAUUAUUUAAAUAAUCAAAAUCCACCUAUUUGUUCUAAAUGUGAUUCAACAUGUUCUGAAUGUUCUAUAACUUCAACUCACUGUUUAAGUUGUUCUUCGAGAUUAGUUAUGUCAGAUAUUACUACUGGAAUUUGUAGUGUUUUACCAGAAUGUACUUCUGGAACUACAUUUUGUAACCAAUGUUUAAAUGGUUAUUAUUUAUUAAAUUCUAAAUGUAAUAAAUGUUCAUUACCUCAUUGUGUUCAAUGUUAUUAUGGGACAGAUAAUGAAAUAUGUUCUCAAUGUGAUGAAGAAAGUGUUCUUAUUAAUGGAAGUUGUGUUUUAACAACUGAUGCUCAUUGUGCAUCUAUUCAAAAAGAGACAAGUCUUUGUAAAAGUUGUGAAGUUAAUUAUUCUUUUGGAAUGAAAACAGAAUCAAAUAACUGUAUUUAUUCUGAUUCAUGUAAAUAUUCAAUAAAUGGUAAUUGUGUAUUAUGUAAAUUAGAAUAUCAAUUAACAAAAAAUAAUAAUAGAAAAUGGGUUUGCCUUAAUAAAACUAUAGACGAACAUUGUUCUAUUUCAUCUCCUUAUGGAUGUCUUCGUUGUAUGACUGGGUAUUAUUUAAAAGAUGGAAUUUGUUCUUCAUGCGAUAAUAAUUGUAGAAGAUGUUUUAAUAAUUCUAAAGAGUGUAUUGAUUGUGAACUUGGAAUGAAGGUUGAUGAUUCAACUUCAAAAUGUUAUUCAUUAGGUAAUUCAUCUCUUGGAUGUCUCUAUUAUCUUCAUAAUUCAUAUGGAUGUGCUAUAUGUAAAAAUGGAUAUUUUGUAUCAAAUUUAACUUGUUUUCAUUGUAAUGAAGCAUGUAAAACAUGUAUAAAUGAAGAUUCUUGUAUUGAGUGUAAUGAAGAUAAAGGAUAUUUUAAAGAUAUUGAUAAUAGAUGUUAUCUUAAUACUACAAUUAAACAUUGUCUUUCUUCUAAUGGGAAUGGAUGUACAAAAUGUGAAAAUGGAUAUUUCAUUAAUAAAACUCGUUGUGGUAAAUGUUCAGCGAAUUGUGAGUAUUGUUCAACAUUAGAUCAAUGUGAUAGUUGUGAAAAUAAAUAUAUAUUAAUAAAAGGAAAAUGUGUUAUUUAUUCAGACAUUGAUUAUUGUGUUUCAGCUGAAAAUUCAAGAUGUUCAUAUUGUCUUGGAAAUCAUGAGGUUUCAUCAAAUGGAACAUAUUGUGAUUAUAAAUUAAAUUAUGUUUUAGUUGUAGGACUUCCAGUAAUAUUACUAUCAAUAAUAUUAUUAAUAAUUGUUUUAAAUAUAAUAAUAAUUUCAGCUAUUAUUUAUAAAUGUUCAAAAUCAAAGAAAAAAGUAGAAGAAUUAACGAUAUUUGAUAUGAAAACAACAAAUAUUAAAUUUAUGACUAUUGACCAAAACUCUGGAUUAUCUAUAAAUAAAAAUGAAGUUAAUUUUAUGUUUGAUGAAAAUAAUUUAUCAGAAUUACCAAUAGAACAAGAGACUAGAGAUAUUAUUUGUAUUGGUAAUUUAAAAACUAAAACAUUAAAAGUUCAAUUAGUUUUAAAAGAUCAAAGUGCUAAAUUUGAUAUUAAAAUAGAACCUCCUAUUGCAAUAAUUAAAAAAGGAAAAGCAGUUGAAAUUCAAAUUAUAGUUAUACCACAUUGUACAUGUACUAUAACCGAAACGAUGGUUCUUCUUGCUGUAAAUCUUAAAAAAGGAAAACAAAUUGAAUAUCCAAUUAAAAUUAAAUUUUCAACAAUACUAUCAAGUCAUUUAGACCCAGAUGAGUUAAUAAUAGAAAAUAAAUUAGGAGAAGGAUCAUUUGGAAUAGUUUAUCUAGGAAUGUUUAGAGGAAAUAAAGUAGCAAUUAAGAAAAUGAAGCAAUUGACAUGUGAAGAAUGUUCAAAACAGUUAGAAGAAUUUCAAGAAGAAGUAGCUAUGUUAGACAAAUUUAGAAAUGAAUACAUCAUUCAUUUUUUUGGGGCAGUAUUUAUUCCAAAUAAAAUAUCUAUUGUAACAGAGUAUGCACAAUAUGGUUCAUUAAAUUAUUUAAUAAAACAUAAAGAAAGACUUGAAACUUAUAAAUUAAAUAAGUUUCUUUUGGAUGCAGCAAAAGGAAUUCAAUAUCUUCAUCAAAACAAUAUUCUUCAUCGUGAUAUUAAAUCAGACAAUAUUCUUGUUGUAUCAAUUGAUGAUAAUAUUUCAAUUAAUUGUAAAUUAACAGAUUUUGGAAGUGCAAGAAAUAUUAAUAUGAUGAUAACAAAUAUGACAUUUACUAAAGGAAUAGGAACUCCUGCAUAUAUGGCACCAGAAAUACUUAAUAAAAAUCAUUAUAAAAUGCCAGCAGAUAUUUAUUCAUUUGCAGUUACAAUGUAUGAAGUAUGGAAUUGGAAUAUUGUUUAUAAGGAUAAAUCAAGAUUUCAUUAUCCAUGGGAUAUAGCAACAUUUGUAACAAAAGGAUUAAGACUAGAACAAACAGAACUUAUUACAGAUGAACAAUAUGAUAUUAUUACUCAUAGUUGGAAUUUAGAACCAAAAGAACGGAUGAAAAUUGAUGAAAUUAUAAAUAGAAUGGAACAAUUAAAAAAUUAA